AUGGGUUGGGUUUGGAGAGACGAUUCACCCGCUUCCGGCACCGGUAAUGAUAUCACCGAUCAACCGCUCGGCGGAGAUUCCGCCGCCGAUGGAAAUUGCUCGACCACCACGGUGGUAAGAUCGAAGUGUAAGACGGAGGAGGUCGAGCCUGGAAAGUUCGUCAGGAAGUGCGACAAAACCGAGGAGAUCCUCCGCCACUGUUUGGGGAAGCCCUCUGAAGUUGUUCAAUCCACUACAGAGCAUACAGAAGAGGAUGUGACAGACCAGAUGACGAACAGAUCCGCUCUUCCAAAUCAGUUUGAGGAAAAUCCCCUAAACUUCCCGGGACUCCGGAACGAUGUAGACGCCAUCGAACGCCAUUUCUUGAGCGGAAUGAAGAGUUUCUUUGAAGCGGCGGAAGAGAUGAGAAGCAGCUUAUUUGAUAUCAUGGGAGACCAUCACUCAACUUCCACCAGGAGAGGGAUACCCAUUGAAGACCGUCGGAAGUUAGAGGAGCAUCGCAAUGACGAAAACUCCCCUAGACCGCCAUACUCCUCGGGCGAGAUUGAUCUCUCGGGCUUGGCCAAGGACGUUUGA